AUGUUUCGGCUAUUUUCGCUUUCGCUGUUGAUAAUCGGCACUGAGUCGUUCCGCCCACCCUCAGAGCUCAACGGAAACUUUUACAUGGGCAACUUUGGCACGCAGAAUGAAAAUAAACAGAGCAUAGAAUCCGCAGAUGGUAUCCUCAAGGCUUACGGGAGGAAAUAUCUCUCGUCUUCCGCAAGUUGGCCGCUCAACUUGCUCUCAGACCUCAAUUCUAAUCUACUAGGAGUCGGCUCCGAGUUUCUGUCCCCAGUGAAGAAGCUCAUGGGAAACGAGAAUAAACGCGAACACGCAGUAUGCAUGGUUGGAAACGGAGGAUUCACACAAGACGAGCCUUCUGACCAUGGAAAACACUCCUUCGCCCUGUACAUGAUGGGAGAAGGCCAUGGACACACAUUAAACUCGGAGGAUUACACCGACAAGGCAUGGGAGGCCAUCACAACGCUCACCGAUAUAGCAAACAGCUAUAAAUCGUCCUACGUUGAAGGUGAUAUGCUCUUGUUGGCGCUGCUUAAUGGAGGUGAAGAGUCCAUGUGCCACAAGAUUUUGCAGUCGGCUGGAGCAGAUGUAGCUAAAAUGCGCCAAGACCUUGAAAAUCAUCUACAAAAACAACCCCGCAUGGCAGGAGGGUUUGGAGAACAAAAGGUGUUGGGAAGAAUCCUUCAAAACGUUCUAUCUGUGACUAGGCGCUACAAAAGUGAAUUGGGGGAUGAGUACAUCUCUGUGGAACACUUGCUACUGGCAUUAGCUGCAGAAGACUCUAAAUUUACUCGUCCAUGGCUCUCUAGACACAAAAUAACAUUUGAAAAACUGAGAAAGGCCGUUGAUAGUGUCAGGGGUAAGCGCAAGGUUACCUCCAAAAAUCCGGAACUGGCAUUCAAGGCACUGGAAAAAUAUUCCAGAGAUUUGACAGCAAUGGCAAGAGCUGGAAAGUUGGAUCCAGUCAUAGGAAGGGACAAUGAAAUUCGUCGCGCAAUUGAAAUUCUUAGCAGAAGGACCAAGAAUAAUCCAGUACUCCUUGGUGAUCCCGGUGUUGGCAAGACCGCCAUUGUUGAGGGCCUUGCAAACCGUAUAGUUUCUGGAGAUGUUCCAGAUUCCCUAAAGGACAGAAGAGUUAUUUCGAUCGAUUUGGCCUCUAUUCUUGCUGGAACACAAUACCGUGGUGAAUUCGAGGAGCGUCUAAAAGCAAUCCUAAAGGAAGUUCAAGACGCUCAAGGAGAAAUUGUGAUGUUUAUUGACGAAAUCCACACUGUUGUUGGCGCUGGAGAUGCUCAAGGAGCUCUGGAUGCGGGAAAUAUGCUAAAACCUAUGCUGGCAAGAGGAGAACUGCGUUGCAUUGGUGCCACAACUUUGCAGGAAUAUCGCCAAAGAAUAGAAAAGGACAAGGCACUGGAACGUCGUUUCCAGCCAAUAUACGUUGAUCAACCCUCGGUUGAGGAGACGAUAAGCAUUUUAAGAGGACUGAGAGAGAGAUACGAAGUUCAUCACGGUGUUCGUAUCCUUGAUUCUACUCUUGUCCAAGCUGCUCAGUUGAGUGACAGAUAUAUCAGCGAUCGUCACCUCCCAGAUAAGGCAAUUGACUUGGUUGAUGAAGCAGCAGCUCGCCUUAAAAUACAACUAUCCAGCAAGCCUCUGCAAUUGGAUGCUAUAGAGAGAAAACUCCUGCAACUUGAAAUGGAAAAGAUUUCCAUAUCCAGUGAUAAUGUUGGAGGAACAACAUCUCAGGCAUCUGGAGUUGGACUUAUUCCCGAUACUGCUAGAAGAACCGCUGGUGAACAAGAAAAACGACGUUUACAACAGAUUGACCGCGCUAUUGAACGUCUCAAUCUUGAAAAGGUGGAGCUAACAGACGCGUGGUUGCGUGAAAAAUCGUUAGUGGAUGCAAUUAGAAACGUAAAGGAGCGCAUGGACGUUGUAAAAGUUGAGAUUGACCGCGCAGAGAGGGAUUUUGACUUGAAUAGGGCAGCUGAAUUGCGAUUCGAAACCUUGCCCGAUCUGGAGAGACAGCUGCAGGGAGCUGUUGGAGACUAUGAAGCUCAUGUAAAGGAGAUACAGUCGAGUGGAGGUCAAUUGCUAUUGAGGGAUGAAGUUACACGGGAAGAUAUUGCAAACGUUGUCUCCCGUUGGACUGGAAUUCCCUUGAGUAAAUUGGUCAAGACACAGAGAGAAAAGAUUCUUCAAAUGAGCGAUGAGUUGCACAAGAGAAUAGUUGGUCAACAAGAGGCUAUUGAUGCAGUCACCGCAUCGGUGCAAAGAUCGAGGGUCGGAAUGAAUGAUCCCAAAAAACCAAUCGCAGGGCUCAUGUUCCUUGGUCCAACUGGUGUUGGUAAAACAGAGCUCUGCAAAGCUAUAGCUGAGCAACUCUUUGACACAGAGGAGGCUAUCGUUAGAUUCGAUAUGAGUGAAUAUAUGGAAAAGCAUUCCGUUUCUAGACUUGUCGGCGCACCACCUGGCUACGUAGGAUUUGAACAGGGUGGUCUACUCACGGAAGCUGUUAGAAGACGUCCAUACUCUAUUGUUUUGUUCGAUGAAAUUGAAAAGGCUCAUCCAGACGUUUUCAAUCUCCUUUUGCAAGUCCUAGAUGAUGGCAGAUUGACAGAUUCAAAUGGACGUAAAGUUAAUUUCACAAAUACCCUAAUUGUAUUCACUUCCAAUUUGGGAAGCCAAAAUAUUCUGGAAUUGGCUAAAUUCCCAGACAAGAGAAACGAAAUGAAGAACAAAGUCAUGGCUUCAGUCAGACAAACCUUUUCUCCAGAAUUUUUAAAUCGUAUCGAUGAGUUUAUUGUCUUUGACAGCCUUUCCAAACCAGGUAUGGAUGAUGAAUGGUUGAUGCAUGCAUGUGCAGAGUUGAAAAAAAUUGUCGGCAUGGAGUUGGCAAAACUUUCAGACAGAUUGGCAGAAAAGAAUAUCAAACUCUCAAUUGAUGAUUCUGCAAUGGCACACAUCGCAGAAGUUGGCUACGAUCCGGCUUACGGUGCCAGACCUCUUAAACGUACAAUUCAACGCGAAAUCGAAUCACCAAUUGCAGUCGGAAUCCUAUCUGAUAAAUUUAAAGAACAUGACACACUAAAUGUAAAGUACGCUGACGGGAAGAUUUUAAUCACAAGCUCGUAA